GACGUGAACACGUAGGCAGCGACAAGUUAGACAAGUUCCAGUCAAAACAAAGUCCCUUCAGGAAGUCUGGUCAAAACUGGCUUACCAACACUAUCAUCAUACAAACACUAUGGAUAAACCCAACUCAAAGGCAGCACAAGACUUAACAACACUGAUGGAAACAACCAUGCAGCAACUAAGUCAUAAGUUCCAAGCAACGUCGGAUCAAAUUGUGUCAAGAAUGGAAGAAAUGGGAACACGCAUCAGUGAUUUGGAAAAAAAUGUGUCUGACCUCAUGAGACAAGCAGGGAUGGAUGAAUGUCAAACAGGAGAGAAAAUGACUCCUAAGAGACCAUGAUGGAAUACACUCACCAGCAGAAGAACAGAAAAACACAUCUACCUCUCUCAUAAUACCAAACAUAAGUGCCUUGCCAAAUAUCAGAAAUGAUACUUUUUUAUUCUUCUAUUUUAUUUUGUAUCAAAUAAAAAAAUUAACUGUAAGAACCAAA